AUGGCCGACGAAAUGGAAGUCGACGAGCCGGUCUCGCCCCAGGGCGGCAACCUGGUCAGCGGCGGGGCCGGCGCCGUGGACAACAACUUCGGCAACGCCGCUAGCAACAGCAGCGCUAAGAUCGCCGACAUGCAGACGCACACAAAGGCCACGGCCGUCCGGUCCAUCGAGGGCUGGAUCGUGCUCGUCACCAACGUGCACGAGGAGGCGGACGAGGAGGCCAUCCACGACAAGUUUGGCGAGUUUGGCGAGAUCAAGAACCUGCAUCUCAACCUGGACAGGCGGAGCGGUUAUGUCAAGGGCUAUGCGCUGAUCGAGUAUCCAACGCUCGAGGAGGCGCGCGCCGCCAUCGACGGCGCCAACGACACGAAACUGCUCGACCAGACCAUCCAGGUCGACUUUGCGUUUGUGCGGCCGCCGCCCGGUAAGGGCGCUAACAACGCACGCGGGGGAGGCGGCAUCGGCGGCCGCAGCGGUCCUAGUCGCGGCGCGCGCAGCGGGCGCAGCCGGAGUCGGAGUCCCGGAGCUGGAGCCGCGGCAGGGGCCAAGGAUGAAGUUUUGUGA